AUGAGCGCAGAGAUCCCAACCGUGGCUGAUCUAAAACAAGCUGUCGAGGCUGGGCAACGAAUCACCCCCGCAGACGUCUCAAUGAUUUCUCAUGCCGAAAGCAUCUUAACCGGACGAGGCCCGCUUCGUGGCGGACCAGCCGCAACCGCUCAAAGCCUUGCGAUGCGACAAAUGAACUUUGACGCCCAACUAGACGAAGUAUCUCGUAAGCCGCAGAGCCACAUCACACAUGAAGACGCACGUGAGAUGCAAGCCACCGAAGGUCGUGCCUUUGGUCGACGUCCCGGUCGAGGCUCCGUAUCUGAACAGGUGCGCACAAUUGCGGAUCGGAAUGAAAUCCUCGGGCUCUCUCCUGUCCCGACCGAAGUACCGGUGUAUGUAACGAAGGACGACGCUCGCGAGGCACAACGAGCCGAAUCGUUGGUUUAUGGAGGACAGACUCCACGGCAGGGCAUGGCCGCCCAAAUGCAGAGCGCGGCAGAUAAGAUUGAGAAUGUCCGGCGAGAAGAGCCUUGGUAG